AUGGGAAAAUUCUCAAAACGACGAGAAUUGAGGUUUUUUUUCCCCUCAAUUCGUUUCCAGCGAGGCCUUACCGCUUUCCGUCAAUAUGACGUCAACAGCGGGAAAUGCGGAAAUGUAGUUUCCUUGUGUCGUUUUCAAAGCUAUGUUGAUGCUAACAGUUUUCGAGUCUUAACGUUUCUGGUGUCGACUUACUUGACACGAAUAUUACAUUCAUCUUAUGGUGCACAUGAGGGAUGUGGACUGUUUCAGGGAGGAUCCACCAACAAAGCUAUCGUAAUGGGGCAUCGCGGGAGAAAAGUGUUUACACUGCGCGUCCACCAGAUCCCCCGAAGAGCCUGCGUGAAAAAGAAAACAAACCUGCCAGUUGCUCCUCCUCUUCCCUCCACUCUCCUCCUCCUCCAUCACUCCUCCUCCUCCUCCUUUUCCAUCCCUCACUUGAUGCUAUCCCAGUGGAGGAGGAGAGCCUGCGCGACAGAGGAGACGAAGCAAAGGGUAAUCACAGACGUGGUGGCUGAACAAAGUGAAGAAACGGGAAAGAUGCGACUGCCAUCGCUAUUUCAGUGUCUCGGCACAGUUCUGGUUAUGUUCUGGAGCAUGUCGUGGUCCGCAGCCCAUUCGGCCUCUGCGCCCGAGAACGAGGUAACCCUGCGACCCAACGCGUGGUUAUCGGAAGGGAAGAUCACCACCAUGACGCUCCCUAAAGGACGCACUCGCAGGCUGUACUUCACACUGAGGAAGGCCCCGGCCAUGUCGGUUACCGUCAGCCCGUGUGACUCUCCCAUCGAAUGGAGCCUGGCUGCUCGGACCCUGAAGGACAAACCUCUCAAAAGUCAGCAGUGGAGUUCCAAAAAGAGCAUGCCCGAGGUGUGGUGGAGGGGUCCUGGGACUGAGGAGAAAAUACACACUUUUUCCGGCAGUGCAGUGGACAACUACAGUGGUCCGGCGUACCCCCGUGCAUCCAUCUACAUCCUGAGGCUGCACUCAAAGCUGCAAAACAGCAGAGCUACAGUGUACCUCCACCAAGGUCUGGGGCCUUCGGGCGCCUUCCCAGUGAUUCCGGGUGACCCCAGAGUACACACGUUGGGGGUGGGGAUGACAAGCGUCACUCUCAGCUGGGCUCCCAGCGCCUCUCUGGCCAGUCCCACUCAAGACAAAUACGACUACUGUGUCCUGGUCAAUUCCGAACACAACUUUCCCAGUCUUUGCGCGGCCCAAAAGAGCGCCAGGAAGGAGCGGGAUAAAAACCGAGAGAAGACAGAGAAGAAGAGGAAGGUGACAGCGUGGCCCAUCCUAAAGGAGUGGUGGUGGAAGCAGUGGGAGGAUGACUUGGAGAAAGAGAGUCCAUCCUCCGAUGGAGAUCUCCAGUGUGUCUGCGAGGGAAAUGAGAGCGUCUGCACUGUGUCCGAGCUCCUUCCUGACACGCAGUACUACUUUGACGUUUUCGUGAGGGACCGACUGAAUGGGACCAGCAUGGCCUACGAGGGAACCGCCGCCUGGACCCACGGAGAGGCUCGGCCUUCCAUCACCACAUUGAGGGAGGGCGAGCUGAGGUGGGUCACCUUCCACGACCGAGGCCCCAGAUCAGAGCAGUUCUUCAGCUUCCGUCCCCGCGGUUCGCAGCAGAACGGCCUCCUCACUGCACAGAGCUGUGGUGGGGGCGGCAAAGUCCAGAUCACUGUCUCGAGUAAAGGUCGUGUUCUGACCACCCAGGCUGUGGGCAAGGACAUGGUGCAGAUUUGGCUCCACGGAAGCCAGGUCUAUCUCAUCCACAUAGAGAGGGAAGGAACCACCAUGGGCAAGCGCUCCACCGCUGCCUCACCCGGGGUUCUGAAGGCUUCAGUCAAAAUGCAGACCUCAUCCGCCUACCACCGGAAAGGUGUCCCAUCACUUCCUUCCACCUUGCAAGUCAAGUCCUUCAACCGCUUACGUGGGUGUGACAGCAUCACGCUAGCUUGGAUGGGCACAGAGGAAAGGAGCCUGUACUGUAUCUACCGGCGGAAGCUGGGGAGCCAACAAGGCAAGGACGCCCUCAAUGGAUCCUGCCUGGGACCCGAAUCCCGCUCAGAUACCGAGAGGGUCCUCUGCAAGUACUUCCAGGAGCUGAACCCGAGGCGGGCUGUCACUACAGCGGUGAUUGGGAGCCUAGAGCCCGGGACCACUUAUGUCUUUGAUGUCUAUUUAAUGCGACGCUGGGGGAUCCCUGUCAAGUAUGCCAGCAAGAUAGUCAAGACCAGAAGGGAGUGUUGAGAUGCUGCCCCCUGCAGGACAGUGGUGGACUAAACCGUAAAGACUGACCAUGAGAAUGAAGCCAUUUGACUGUUGCAGGAAAUAAGGAAGUAUUUAUUAUCUUCUGGAGGAUGGUUUGACUGGCCCACAGUCUUCUGUUGAGAGCACGAAAGGAAUCCACACACCAGCAGACAUUCAUAACAACCAUAUUCAGUACUUGGGAAAAAAAAUGCUCAUGUCUCUACUCAUCGUCCAUCAAGAGGGAUAGGACAGAUGAGGUUUACGUUUUCAGAAUACACACGCACAAAGAACAGAGACCGUGUGCCAAAUGUGCAACAGAAACAGAUGGGGCAAUAAUUGGAUGACAUCUGAGAGAUGUGUGUGGGGUGCAGGCGGAGCAGCGGGAGACUGGGGCGGGGGGGUUUGUAGUGUAUA